CCCUCAGAGCUCCAACGGGCGUUUUAAUAAAUAUGCGCGAGCGCCGGCGCGCCGCUCCGCGAGCCCCGAGGUCCAGAGGAGCAGCGCAGAAACCCCGGCGGAGGAGCCUCCUGAAUCCCUGCCGAAUCCUGCCGUUUCCCAAACUGGAGACUCCGGGACCGCAGCCUUUCAACCACUGAAAUCCCAAGCUUUUUCCUCUUCGAACCAAUUUUAUCAUCGUCAUUAUCAUCAUCAUUAUUAUUAUUAUUGAAAUAAAACUGCUCCCCUUCCCCGCCCUCCAAUUAUGAAAGUGGUAACGCUGCUGAGGAUUAAGAUUUGGAGGGAAUUUGGAAAAGAAAAGAAAGACUCGAAUAUCAGAGGCGUGACCAGUGCUUUUGACGAUGCCUAAUUUUUGAAAGAGACGCCUGGUCUGCUGGCGCUUUUCUCCUGAGGACGACCCUGGCCUUAACCAUCAGAGCAGUGGACCGAGGCCAGAGGAGGCUACCCCGGUCCCCGCGUGUCACCGGACCGCCUGCGCUGCUUCAGCCGCUGCCGGCCGCCGUCCCCUGUGCCGCCCGCCCCAGGCCGGAUACCGGCGCCCGGCUGGGGCCUCCUCGGGCUGCCGCUAACCAUGCCCCGGCUGCGGGGGGCGCUGCGCGAUCCGGCCGGUUGCGGCUCCUGCCUGGGGGCGGCGCUGGCCCUGCUGCUGCUGCUGCUCCCCGCCGGCUGCCCAGUGGGGGCUCAGAAUGACACGGAGCCCAUCGUGCUGGAGGGCAAGUGCUUGGUGGUGUGCGACUCCAGCCCGUCGGCGGACGGCGCGGUCACCUCCUCGCUGGGCAUCAGCGUGCGCUCCGGAAGCGCCAAGGUGGCCUUCUCCGCCACACGGAGCACCAACCACGAGCCGUCGGAGAUGAGCAAUCGCACCAUGACCAUCUACUUCGACCAGGUGUUAGUAAAUAUUGGCAACCAUUUCGAUCUCGCCUCCAGUAUAUUUGUGGCGCCGAGAAAAGGGAUUUAUAGCUUCAGCUUCCACGUGGUGAAAGUGUACAACAGACAGACCAUCCAGGUCAGUUUAAUGCAGAACGGCUACCCGGUGAUCUCGGCGUUCGCCGGAGACCAGGAUGUGACCAGAGAAGCGGCCAGCAACGGGGUCCUGCUGCUGAUGGAGAGGGAGGACAAGGUGCACCUCAAGCUGGAGCGAGGCAACCUCAUGGGCGGCUGGAAGUACUCCACGUUCUCGGGCUUCUUGGUGUUCCCCCUAUAAAGGCGGCGCUGGGGCAGCAGGGAAGUUGCCAUCGGGACCCAGGCAUCCACCCCCCCUCACCCCCCCAGAACUUGGCCAAACCAGGACGACUCGUUUCCAAAUUCCAUCAGACCGUUGCGGCAGAAGAAAGAUUUCCUUCCACAUCUCCAGUACUUUCCUUGACUAUUGACCAUUCCUCGGGAACCUGGCCUCUAAUUAGUUUUAGAUGACAAGGUCUUCGGGAGAAAUGGUGUUAUUGAUCUGAGCAAUUUGUACCUGUGAUUGUAAAGUCGAUCUGGGACUUUACGGUGGGGACCACUGGCGUUUCUUCGGUUGUCUGGAUGCCCCGUGGCUGCCCUGCCCAGACCUCAGGACGGCUGACGGCAGGUUGCGGGCGAUGCUCAGAGCAGGAGCCCUGCGAGUCCCCCCGUGGCCAGCCAGAACCGUGGUCUCCGUGUGUCUGUUCAGCCUUAAGAAAAAGGACGGCAUCGCUUUUGUUGUGUGUGUUUCCUGGGGGGGACAGGGGGACUCGGGCGGGGGAAGGGGGCCUUGUGAACCUGUCCGGAAGUGCUUUAUCUGGAGAAGCGAGUUUUGCACGAUGGCACUGCGACGCUUGUUCUGUACCGUCUGUGUGUGUGUGUGUGUGUGUGUGUGUGUUUUCCUCGAAAAGCUUUACUUUUCUGCCCUCCCUCAGCUCUCCCUCCCCACCCCUGCUUUUAUUCUCCGUGCUGGGGCGAGGGAGAGGACCUGUACGUGGCUUUCCUGGAGGAGACCAAACCAAACCAAACGAGCGAUGCCUGUGUGUUUUGUUUUGGACCAGGCCAAACCAAACAAAAGGGACCUGCACCUCCAAGGAAAAAGGACAGAUGGACAGUCCGCGCUGCUUCUUUCAAAGAGACCCGCUCAGAGGCCCCUUCAGAACUAGCAACCUGGAUUUUGUUUUUGUUUUUGUUUUUAAUUUACUUUCUGGAAUACGGUGAAUACCCGAUGUUCCCGGGUGUCCUGGGUCACCCAAGCUGAAAACAGGAGCUGUGCCACCUGGUCUCCUGAGUCUGUGGCACCCUGGCCGAGGGGCCUGGGUCUUCCCGGCAGCGUGCAUCGUGGAUUUGGGGUCCUCUCUGCGUGAGCGCACCGGGGAUCAGACGCUGCAAAGACCACAGGACAGCCGCUCUCCCCGGGGUGGGAUGCGCGUCUGAUUGGCCCAGGAGAGGGGCGUGGCCACUCCCCGGUGCGCCCGGGGCUGGAAGUCUCGUGCAUCUCCGUGGUUACAGCUGUCGGCCAGAGGCGCCCUGGCAGCUGGCUCUCACAUCCGUCCAGCGUUGCCACCGUGCACAACGACAUUAUCACAAUCCAGCUGCGAGUUGAUGGGCCCAGGAUUCCUUUGCCAGGGACGUGUCACUAAUCCCAAAGCCGUCGAAGAAGAGACCUCAAACCGGAUGUUCGUUUGUCCUUUGUGUAACAAUGUAACCAAAAUAUUGACGAUAAACACUCAUAAUUUAAGAUUCAGAAUAAAUGGGUUCGAUGUUUGGCUUGCUCUUCUCCCUUCA